AUGCCUCACGCCGCCUCGAUGCCCUCCACCGGGCUCCAGGCCCUGAUCCUCUGCGGACCCGGGUCGUCGUUUCCGACAUUCACGUCCAACCCGGACGAGAACCCCAAGGCUCUGCUGCCCGUCGCCAACAGGCCGAUGGUCUGGUACCCGAUCGACUUUUGCCUGCGCAUGGGCGUCACCGACAUCACCCUGAUAUGUCCGCCGACGGCAUCGAGAGCGAUCAAGGCUGCGAUGAACACGAACCCUUUCCUCACGCGGCUGCCCUCGCCACGACCGGACGUCCUGGCACCCGCGGGGCUGGAUCAAAACACGGGCACGGCCGAGAUCCUGCGGCUGCCAGAGGUGCGCGCGCUGGUCAAGGGCGACUUCAUGGUGCUCCCGUGCGAUCUCGUCUGCGAGCUGGCGGGCGAGAAGCUGCUCCAGGCCUGGAUGGUCCGGUCGGCGAGCGUCACCGAUCUCCUGGGCAAGGACGGCCUCUCGCACGGCCACGGCUGUCGACACAGCGGUGGGCUGGGCGUCUGGUACGAGACGAAGACGGCGGUGGCGGCGGUGAAGGGCGAGGAGACGGACUUUAUAGCGACGACGCCGUUGCCUUUGUGGCCGGUGGCCUCGGCACAGUCGUCGAUGCUGGGCAGGCUGUCGAAGCUCGUGUACUCGAUCCCGACGGAUUCCCUCAAGGACAUGACGGAAGAGCGCAAUUCGCUGCCCCUCCGGCACGGCCUGCUGCGGGCGCACCCGCAGGUUCGCAUGUACACGACGAAGAGGGAUGCCCACAUCUACAUCCUGCCGCACUGGAUCCUCGACUUUGUCACGGAGAACGGGCGGCUCGAGAGCAUCGGCGAGGACGUCGUGGGAUGGUGGGCCAAGGCGCAGUGGCAGGCCGGUCUGGCGGAGAAGCUGCAGCUCGACAAGCUGUGCAGACGGCGAGGGCCGCAGGACGACGAGGACUCGACGGCCGAGAGCGUAUCGCCGGCGCGGGAGGCAAGCCCGGCGGGCCAGGAUGGGUCGAGGAAAGCGUCAACGUCGCUCCGGCCAACGGCGGUGGAGAGGCAACACAGGCGAGGCCUAGGCAAGGGAGAGACAUGGCCCGACUUUGAGGUGCCUCCCGUCGUGGCUUACAUCCAGUCGGCCGACGGUGACGAGGCGGCGGCCGCGGCUGCGACCGGGCCCGUCGUGCGGCGGGUCGACACGGCGCAGUUGUUGCUGGCAACCUCCCUUCAGCUGGCGAAGCUCCCUUCGGUCGAGGAGGCUGGCGGCGAGGCGAGCUCGCCGUUUGCCCACGCACGCAAGGUGGCCUACCCCGAGGGCGUCAAGUCGCGGACGACGAUUACCAAGGCCGACUGCCUGAUGGCCGAGAACGUGACGGUCGAGGAGAAGACGUCGAUCAAGGAGACGGUCAUCGGCGCCGGCUGCCAGAUCAAGGAGGGGGCCAAGCUCUCGCAAUGCGUGCUCAUGGACGGCGUCGUCGUCGGCAAGGGCUGCAAGCUGACCAAGUGCGUGCUGGGCAGGCGUUGCGUCAUCGGCGACGGCUCGGUCCUGACGGACUGCGAGGUGCAGGAGAACCUCCUCGUCGAGGCGCAAACCGAGGACAAGGACAAUAAGCUCAUGAGCUCGGAGGGAUUGGAAGCGACCGAGGCGGAAAUGGAAGAGGUCCUGCAGGAAGUGGACCAGGAGGUUGCGGCGAUGGCGGACGAGGCCAUGGCGGACUAG